GGUUGCCAUGGAUGCAGGACACUUGUCGGACGCGGUGCCGUUCGUCCCCGGUCUUCUCUACUACGUGGCGGUCCGAGACAACGAGGUUCCGCGCUCGAGCCCGUCCCGCACCGUCUUUUGCAUCGACAAGCAGCUCUUGUACGCCAACUUUUACCUCGAUUUUGGGCCGCUCAACCUAGGCCAAACCUUUCAAUUUUGCCACAUUCUCAACCACGAAGUGUCCAAAGCCAAAGCGUCGUCCAAGGACAUUGUGUUUUACUCGUCCCACGACGGCAAGCGGCGCGCGAACGCGAUCUGCCUCUUGGGCUGCUGGGGCAUCCUCUUCAACGGCAUGUCGGCAGCGGAGGCGUUCGCGCCGUUCACCGGCCUCGCGCUGCCCAGCUUUCAUGAUGCGACACCGUCCAUCUGUCUCUUCAAGCUCACCGUCCUCGACUGUCUGCGCGGCCUCGAGAAGGCGCUGCAAUGCAAGUACAUUGCGCCCGAGACCUUCAACAUCGAAGAGUACCAGCACUACGAACAAGUCGAGCAUGGUGACCUCAAUUGGCUCUCGCCCAAGUUCAUUGCGUUCGCGGGGCCUUACGAUGAGUACAAGCAAACGAUCGAAGGGUACAUCUCGCUGACGCCCGAGCACUACCUGCCGUACUUCAAGGCGCACAACGUGACGCUUGUCGUGCGGCUCAACGAAAAGCUCUACGACGAGAAGCGGUUCACGGAUGCAGGUAUUGACCACCUCGAGCUCUUUUACCCGGACGGUGGCAACCCACCCGAGGCGAUCUUGCUCCAGUUCAUUCAAGCCUGCGAAGCGACGCCUGGUGCGGUCGCGGUGCACUGCAAGGCCGGCCUCGGUCGCACGGGCACGUGCAUUGGCGCGUACCUUAUGAAGCACGACCGGUUCUCGGCCAAAGAGUGCAUUGGGUGGCUCCGCCUCUGUCGCGCCGGCAGCGUCAUUGGGCCGCAGCAGCAGUACAUGGAGGCGAUUGAGAAGAAAAUGUGGCUCGCCAAGCGCCCGAUGACAGACGCCGACGACAGCGAAAACAACGGUGGAAGCACGACCGAGUCGCACAUCGUCGCCGUCUCGCCGUGCAAAACCAAGCAGCGUACGAGCGCCAACAUUUUCCGGUCGAGCCCACCGACGAUCAUUGUGCCCGGUGCGUCGUUGGCCAAGACCAACCGCGCGGCACUGGCGCUGAGUCUUCCAGCCAAUGUCAACGCCGUCAGUAGUGCUUCGGCGAUGGAGCCGUCCCCUAAGACCCAAGGCGACAACCUCAUUGAGCUCAAGCACGGCCGCCUCAAGAGCCCCGUCAAGCCGUAAAUCGAAAAAAUGUACAGAUUUCAUUAUGCU